CUGGGAAUCUUCAUGAAAUACCGAGACACUCCCAUAGUCAAAGCCAACAACUGUGAACUCACCUACAUCCUCCUGGUUUCACUCCUUCUUUCUUUCUUGACUUCCCUUCUAUUCAUCGGUCGCCCCGUGAAAAUGACCUGUCUCCUCCGACAAACCAUUUUCAGUAUUGUUUUCUCAGUUGCUGUGUCUUCCUUGCUGGCCAAGACUGUCAUGGUGGUGGUGGCCUUUCUGGCCACAAAGCCAGGCAGCAGCAUGAGGAAAUGGCUGGGGAAGAGUCUGGCCAACUCUAUUGUUUUAUCCUGCUCUGGUAUUCAAGUAGGCCUCUGUAUGAUGUGGCUGGGAGUCUUUCCCCCAUUCCCAGAUUCUGACUUUCAUUCCCAACCAGAACACAUCCUGCUGCAGUGCAAUGAAGGCUCUAUCACCAUGUUCUACUCUGUUCUUGGCUACAUGGGUUUUUUGGCUGCCAUCUGUUUCUUGGUGGCAUUUCUGGCUCGAAAUCUGCCAGGGGCCUUUAAUGAAGCCAAACUGAUCACCUUCAGCAUGUUGGUUUUUUGUAGCGUUUGGAUCUCCUUUGUUCCCACAUAUCUGAGCACCAAGGGAAAAUACAUGGUAGCCGUGCAGAUCUUCUCCAUCCUGGCCUCUGGUCUGGGUUUACUGGGCUGCAUCUUUAUCCCCAAAUGCUACAUUAUUAUCCUGAGACCUGACAUGAACACCAAAGAACAUCUCAUGAUAAAAAAUAAUUAAGAUUCCUUGUGUUGGUAUUUAUUUUUGUACAGUUUACA